CGUUACAGAAGUGGCGCUGCUGCUAAUGAUGAGGCGAGAACCCAUUAGCCCCUUCGUCAUCCAACUGUACGACUGGUUUGAAGAUCCUAAAACAUUCACUCUGGUUAUGGAGUAUCCUGAUCCCUGUGAGAGCUUGCUGGACUUCAUCACUCGUAAUCCUCGAGUGUAUGAACCAGCAGCACGGGUCAUCAUGCAGCAGGCUGUGCUGGCAGUGCAACACUGCAUCGAGCAUGGUGUUUUCCAUAAUGACAUCCAUGCAGAGAAUUUCCUGAUAAAGAAACACUCCUUAGGCCUGAAGCUGAUAGACUUUGGAUGCGGUCAGCUGUUCAGUAGUGACGGCUACGAGAGCAAAAUAUACAUCGGAAUACAGGACCACUGCCCACCUGAAGUCUUGGCAGAACCUCGGUUCCACGCCGUCCCAGCAAACGUCUGGUCUCUAGGAGUGUUGCUGUACAAGAUGACGAACGCAUGCCGUCCAUUUUGUAACAGAGCGGAAAUCUCACAAGCCAAAUUCACAUUUCAGAACUCCAACUUAUCCAAAGGAAAUGACAUACUUGCUGUCCUUGGUGGAAGACUUGAGCUCGAGACUCGACCGAAGACUGAAGUCCAACCGCAACCUGACAGAAACUCAGAGCCUGUCCACGUCUGAGCGAGAACACGAGACACGGCAAGACUGGAAGUCAUCAAGUCAUCACACACACAUUUGCUUUGUUUUAAAAAGUCAAUUUUGUUUUGAUUUUAAAAGUC